GCACAUCUUUACGAGGCGAAAGGAGCGAAUUGGACUUGUUUAGAUGGAUCUGCUACUAUACCGUACGAAGCUAUUAAUGAUGACUUCUGUGAUUGUGCAGAUGGAUCUGAUGAACCGGAAUGUUGUGAUGGCUCAGAUGAAUAUGAUGGAAAAAUAAAGUGUCCUAAUAUAUGUAAAGAAGCUAGCGCAGAGUAUCAUAAAAAGUUAAAGGAAAUAGAAAAUUUGCGAGCUCAAGGUAUACGAAUAAGAAAUGGUUAUAUAGAAGACGGUAAGAAGUUAAGGAUACAACGUGAAGCUGAAUUAAAUCGACUAAGAACUGAACUUGAAGCCGCAAAGAUUAGAGUUAGAGAACGUGAAGAGAUGUUAUGGGAAAUUAAAGAUGAUGUGCUGGAGUUAUUUGGAUUACAAAGUUAUGAUAAAAGCAAUCGCUCUUAUA